AUGUCCGACGUCCCACCAACCGAGUCCAUUCCCAAACCAGAGGAACCUAAAGCACCAGCCCCUGCACCUCAGUUCCAGCAAGUCCAAUCUCAAUCCAAAUCGAAGAGAGACCAAGAGUUCGAAGAAGGUCUGAACCGCUUACGCAAAGAGUAUGCUACAGCUCCAACCCUUGGUUGUUCCAGCAAUUCCAAUUCCAGUCCAAAUUACUACCAAUUCCAAUACAAAUCGAAGAGAGACCAAGAGUUCGAAGAAGGUCUGAACCGCUUACGCAAAGAGUAUGCUACAGCUCCAAUUGAGAGAAAGUUGUUCCCAGACCAAAAAAUAUAA